UCGGGAAGUCUACUCGAAAGUGUUCAAAGCUGGACAAAGGAGAGCAUCAAUAAGAGAGCCAAGUGAAUGAAGUUGUUAUACAAUUAAUUAAAGGAAAAUAUUUGUUUAACAUAGCGUUAUAUAACACUAAAUAAUUGUUGCAGAUUCGCAACAACUUGCAAUUAUUUCUUGUUUAUUUAAAUGCUUUGUUUUCAACCCAAAAGAGUAUUUGAUCCGUGAAAAAGGAGAUAUGAACAAGCGAAAUAUUAAAUUAUUUGAGCAACACUAAUUUGUAUGUUGAUAUUAUUUCAACAGGAAUUGACACUAAAGAUCAAAGUUCGAGCUUCCGCAAACAUCAGUAGGGUCACUGGCAUUAACGUAUCAUACUUUACGUACUCCUGAUGUGUGAUUGACAAGUACAAGAAUAUAAAGAGACUCAUCCUCAUGCCUUCUAAUCUUGUCUUGAUACCGAUAAGGAGGUCUCCCCAGCCUGUAAACGAUUGCUGGCAACGUCAAAGCUUCAGUAGCUCAUUGUUCGAUCGUCGGGUAUAAUUCAACGAUUUUUUUUGUGCGUAAUAUCCUUGCCAAAUAAAAACAUGUACACUAAGUUGCUAACAAGAUGCUCAAGGACGAGCCAUCUGUCACAAACAAGGCUUGUAUAUGCCUCUAGUUGGGCUUGGAUGCCACGAAAUCAGUCUACUCAUCCAAUGGAAUUGCGUCGUCAAGUACAGACGACUGAAAAGUCACGACAACAAACUACCUUCACUGAUAGAAGUCAGUUUAAAUAUGCACGGAGAUUAGUUGUUAAGCUGGGAAGUGCAAUCAUAACGCGGGAAGAUGAACAUGGAUUAGCGUUAGGCCGCUUAGCAUCAAUUGUUGAACAAGUUGCUGAAUGCCAGAUUGAAGGUCGUGAAUGUGUUAUGGUGACCAGUGGAGCAGUGGCUUUUGGAAAGCAAAAAUUAACACAAGAAUUGUUGAUGUCCCUUUCUAUGAGAGAAACACUUAGUCCACUUGAUCAUUCUCGAGAGCAUGUAGGAAAUUUCUUAGAACCUCGGGCAGCAGCGGCAGUAGGUCAAUCUGGACUUAUGUCUCUAUAUGAUGCCAUGUUUGCACAGUAUGGUGUGAAAUUGGCCCAAGUUUUAGUAACAAAGCCUGAUUUUUAUAAUGAAGAAACAAGAAAAAAUCUUAUUAGUACUCUAAGUGAGCUAAUUAGUCUUAAUAUUGUACCAAUAAUUAACACUAAUGAUGCAGUGUCGCCGCCACUUCCAGUUGAUGAAGAGGUUGCUGGUAGUGGUGGAAGGAAAGGCAUUUCAAUCAAAGACAAUGAUUCUUUGGCUGCAAUGUUAGCUGCAGAAGUUCAAGCUGAUCUUCUAAUUCUCAUGAGUGACGUAGAUGGCAUUUAUAAUCUACCACCUUGGCAAGACGGUGCUAAGUUGCUUCACACGUUCAGCUCUGACCUCCGGGAGACCAUUAAAUUUGGAGAAAAGUCCAAAGUUGGCACUGGAGGAAUGGAUUCUAAAGUGACAGCUGCUCUAUGGGCACUCGAUCGUGGAAUAUCAGUAGUCAUUUGUAAUGGAGCACAAGAGAAAGCUAUCAAGGAUAUUUUGAGUGGAAAAAAGAUUGGUACUUUUUUUACUCAAACUCCGAUUGCUUCAACUCCAAUUGAGAUCGUAGCAGAAAAUGCAAGAGUAGGAAGUAGAAUGCUUCAAUCAUUAAAGCCAGAAGAGCGAGCUGAUUGCAUCAGGACUUUAGCAAAUUUGUUGGAAAAUAAACAAAGAGAUAUUUUAGCAGAAAAUUCUAAAGACCUUGAAGAAGCUUCAAAGUCUGGUUUGGCAAAGCCUCUUCUUUCUCGUUUAUCUCUCAAUCCUUCAAAGCUAAAAUCUUUGAGUUCAGGUUUACGUCAAAUAGCAGAUUCAUCUCUAAUGAACGUAGGAAGAGUAUUAAGAAGAACCAAAAUUGCCGAAGGGCUUGAACUAAAGCAGAUUACAGUUCCUAUUGGAGUACUUUUAGUGAUUUUUGAAUCACGGCCUGACAGUUUACCUCAAGUAGCUGCGUUAGCUAUGGCUAGUGCGAAUGGAUUACUUCUAAAAGGUGGUAAAGAAGCUAUAUGUAGUAAUCGAUGUCUUAUAGAACUAGUGAAAGAAGCUUUAAAUCCAUUUGGUGCUUCCAACGCCAUCUCUUUAGUAUCUACACGUGAAGAAGUCAGUGAUCUUUUGUCAAUGGAUAAACAUAUCGAUUUAGUUAUUCCACGGGGAAGCUCUGAGAUGGUUCGAACGAUUCAAAAUCAGUCCAAACAUAUUCCAGUUCUUGGACAUGCUGAAGGAAUCUGUCAUGUAUAUGUAGAUAAAAAUGCCGAUCUUCAGAAAGCUUUAAAAAUAAUUCGCGAUUCUAAAUGUGAUUAUCCAGCUGCUUGUAAUGCUAUGGAAACUCUUCUUAUUCAUGACAGUCUUAUGGAAGGAAAUUUCUUUCAAGAAGUUUGUCAUAUGUUAAGAAAAGAAGGUGUGAAAAUAAACGCUGGACCAAGACUACGGGAACAAUUAACUUUCGGACCGCCUACAGCAAAAAGCAUGAAGAUUGAGUAUGGGUCUCUUGAGUGUACAAUCGAAAUAGUACCUGAUAUAGAUGAAGCAAUUAAUCACAUUCACAAGUAUGGAAGUUACCAUACUGAUGUUAUUGUUACAGAAGAUCCAAGUAGAGCUAAGCACUUCCAAAGAGAAGUUGAUAGCGCUUGUGUCUUCCAUAAUGCUAGUUCUAGAUUCGCUGACGGAUACAGAUUCGGAUUAGGAGCAGAAGUGGGAAUUUCAACUGCGAGAAUUCAUGCAAGGGGACCAGUUGGUGUUGAUGGGCUUCUAACAACUAAAUGGAUUCUGACAGGUGAUGGACACACAGUUCAAGAUUUCUCCGAAAAUGGAGGACUUACUUAUCUUCAUCAAAAUUUAUCUAUCGAUUAAAGUCAUAAUAUUGCGAAAGAGAAAAGAUA